AGUCUCGCGCCGUGCAUCAUGGGUAGCCGCGCUCGCUACUACGUCGUCCUGGGGGCUGGCUGCUGUCUGCUGGCAGUCGCGGUGGUCGUCUUUGGACAAGCAGGGCCUCCGGAUUCGCCGACGAAGCGAUCGUACAACCUGAGCUUCGUUUCGUUCGAAAUUAAAAGCUGGAAUACGAAAUACGUGAAGAACGUGAAGAAAUCCUACUUUUACGUCAACAAGAACGUGAAGAAUAAAGGCGUAACCCUGUCGUUCGAGUUGGUGCGACAAUUCACCAACGAAAUCGGGGUGUUCGCCGAGUACUGGCAUCGCAAGGACGACCAGAGCCCAUGGAGCGUCAAGAACACGCUGAUGAACAUAUCUUUGUGCGAUGUGGUGGAUACAGCAGACGAGCUUUGGCAGAGGAUGUACUCCAUGGUGAAGCCUCAGAUGCCCAAAACAUGUCCGUGGCCGUUGGGGUCGACAAUCUCGGUUCGUAUCGACAUAUUGGAAGACAAAUUCCCACCCAAGAUGCCGGGCCGUGAGUUCCACAUAUGCCUGGUCUUCUACGAGCGUCUUCCGCCGAACCUGCCCGAGUACGGGCACGACAAAAAGCUGCUUGAAAUAAGAGCGUUUGUCAGAUUAGUAGGCGAGAACUAGCAGGCCGGCCGCGAUCCGGCUUCCGAAGAAAAAAAAUAUAUAUUACCAUGCUAUGUAGAGUUACUGAAAUUGUGGGGAGUAAAACUUUCUGAAGAACUGAAAAAUGUCUGCGUACUUAAUAAAUUUUUCUGCACUCAUGGUUGUAGAGUGUUUUGUAAACAUUAACUUUACACAGGGGAAAAAAAAAUUAAGUUCCAGCAAUAACUCAACGUAAACAAGGAACCAAAAAUUUUUAAAUCAUGAAUUGUAAUAUUUGACAAUGGUGUUACUUACAAAUCAAUGACAGCUAUUUCUUGUACUGUUAUAUCAGGGAUAAAAAACCAACAUAUAUUUUAAUUAUAUUCCCUUAUAGCAUAGAAACCACAAACACUAUUCGUUUGUACGAAUUAUCAAUAUAGCUUACUCACUUAUAAUUUAUUUUCUUGAUUUAGAAAAUCCAUUAACUCUUUAUAAUUUUUAGCUAAUCACAUCCCGGUGAGUCAGACAUUUUUGGCAUUUAUUAAUAUAAAUUUUUUUUAAAAAAAAUAUUUUCAUAUUUAUCGUUGGAUAAAAAGCUUGAAAAAAAUUUAAAACUUAAUGUGAACUAAGCCCUCGCCUUCUCUUCGUCAUCGAUGGCCCCACUCCUUACCGUUGUACUUCUUGUUGCCCUUAAGCGUUAAAGUUUAGUUACGCUCUGACUCACCCCUUCAGACCGUGAAGAAGUUUCACUUCAAAAAGCCGAAGCUGCGCGAACGGGGAUUAUCAGGGAGUUUGACUCAAGGUCAGUGAAUAGUGGGCUGCCCUCUGCAGGCGGCGAAAAACUGACGUCAUAGACUUCCCGUGACCGAAUGUUCUGGACGAGCGGCGCGGGCCGGCAGAAUUCCGAGUGGGAUGCGCCAACUAUUACGUAAACAGAUUCUCCAUUUUUGUAUUUUUAAGGGUCUCAACACGUGUUUUCUGCGUGUCUUCAUGGAAUUUUAAGAUGAUAUAAAAAAAAAGAGAUGAAAAAAAAAAUAUUUUAUUCACUAAUUCAACAUAAAGUCUUAAAAAUUAGUAAAAAAACACUCGAAUGUAAAAAAAAUUAUGGUAGUCAUUAGUAAGAGCUCUACUCAUAAAAAAAACGAAUUCAUUUUAAUUAAAUAUUAAAAUAAAAGCACCUGGGUUUUGUUAAAAUUUAUUACUUGGUUAUAACGGUGACAUUGCAUCGCUUUCGAAAGCUUAGCCAUGUCUGGCAAGUGAAUAUGUAUUUUCAAUUUUUGGCGUGAUUGUAAGUUGUCGUCGGAUGAAAUGACUUCUUGAUUUAGUUGUUGUUGAUUCAUUGAAGAUAAUGUUUGUGUUUGUGGCUGGGUGGUAGCAUGAGGACAUGCCUUGUGGUUGUGCUGUGGCAGCGCUGUGAGUUGCAGAGCCGUACAAUCCUAUGAACCACCGACACCUGGUCUACUCGGCUGCGUGGUGCCAGUGGCAGUUCAGCUUCAGUCAUCACGCGAAACUUUCAAGUCCAAAAAUUGCCGGCGUCAUCGCUUGCAACUUGCGGGAAUAUCUUCCAUUCGUCUCGUAAAUCUACAACUCAGAUGAACAGAUAACUGCAAUUAACUAGAGCCAAGAUCUUAUGGUUUAAUAUUCACAUCGAAUUCGUUGUGAUGGUUUUUAUGAUUUUAAUACAAACUUCGUUAAAAUUAACUAUGCAUAAGUCAUGAUCAUAUACAAUUUCUCAAAUAGAAGCAUGUAUAACAUUUUGUGCAUUAAAACAAAAAAAGUUUUUGGAACUAUAAAACCUACAUAAUUAU